AUGUCGACCAAGCAGGCACACAACGCAGCCUCGGACUCAUCUGAUGAUGGCAUCCCCGAGCGACCUGUUUUCUCGCUUGCAACCCGGGUGAAGGUGACAUCCCCCAAGAUUUACACCGACUCGUACUCGUUCGAGCUUGUCAUUCAGUAUGUCGGAGACGAUGGAAAAAUCGAGGCGAGUCUUGUAGAUUUCCAAUACAGUGCUAUCGUUCUCGGAAUUUUGCUGAUAUCAGUCGCACAGCUCAAGGGCACACUCGAUCUGAAGCCCGAGAUGAUUGUCAAAGUCACCAGCCUCACCUUUUACGGCGAAGAGGUCGGCCAGUUCUCAGGCAAUAUCACUGAGCCGCCUUUCCGUUUCGAACACGAUGUCGUCCUCAAUGAAACAAAGGGCCUUGUGCGAUUCUUCAUUGAUCAAACUGAGUCGCUGGUGUUCGGCAUUGAUAUCAGAAAGAAGGACGGGACCCACCAGCGCACCAUGAAGCGUAUCGCGUACAUCCAUCAGGAGUCGUACAUUUUCUGA